AUGGCAGAGGAAACAUCCACUCAACCGAAACCACUGUUUGUCUACGGAACCCUCUGUGCCAAGGAGCUACUUGCUUGGGCAUUGACUGGGGAUUCAUCCAACGUUGAUUAUAUCGUCAAUCUGAUCCGCCCCGCUAGGGUCUAUGGAUUCGCCCGAUACAGAUCACGCGGUCGCGAUUACCCAGCCGCUACUAUUCACAAAGACUCAUACAUUGAUGGGUAUCUUGUUUCUUUUCAAAGCAUGUCACAACGAAGAAAGCUAGAUGACUUUGAGGGCGAGAUAUAUAAGCCCGUUUCUACGAGGACGUAUAUUUUGGACGAAAAUAAGGAGCGUUCUGGGGAAGAAAUACUAGCAGAUAUAUAUCUUUGGAACGGCCCUGCUGAGAGUCUGACAGAAGAAUCAUGGGAGUUGGACGUGUUUAUCAAUGAGAGUUUAGAAACCUGGCUUGAUUUAUUUCAAGGUAUGGAGUUAACUGGUGGCGAAUAA